UAUUGGAUCCGAUCUAGCAUCUACUCUCGCGCUCUGUCUCUCUCACAUACACACACACACACACACUCAAGCUCUUAAGUGGUUAGUUACAAUUCUGGCCACCAGUUAAACUUGUUCCAUUCACCAUAAUGUCCGUUUUGUGUUAUAAUAAGGGAUGUGGACAGCGAUUUGAUCCAGAAAAUAACCCAGACGAUGGUUGCACCUAUCAUCCAGGAGUCCCAGUAUUCCACGACGCAUUGAAGGGAUGGUCCUGCUGCAAGAGAAGAACCACCGACUUCUCAGACUUUCUCAGCAUUGUUGGCUGUACAAAAGGUCCCCACAACAAGGAGAAGCCCCCUGAGCCGGUGAAACCAGAUGUGACAUCAUCAGGAGAAAAGAAAGAGGCUGAUGACCAAAAGCCAAAGUUUAACGAGUACAUCAUCUCCGCACCAAGGCCUCAAGAGGCGAUAAGCAGGCCCAGUGCUGAUGAGCCGUUGGUGAGAUUGCAGCAUAAUGUCUCUACUUCACUGAAGCAGGCUCUGGAGAGACUGAAGCUUUCUGAAAAUGUGGCAGAGAAGAAAGAGGAUGAAAAUGAUGAGAUCAAGAUUGGGACAUCUUGUAAAAAUGGAGGAUGUACUCAAAGUUUCGAUGGACCUGCAAGCGAUUCGGAUGUAUGCCUAUACCACUCUGGAUUUCCCAUCUUCCAUGAAGGGAUGAAAUACUGGAGCUGCUGUAAGAAGAAAACCUCUGACUUUAACACCUUCCUCUCUCAAGAGGGCUGUACCAAGGGAACACAUGUAUGGAGGAAAAAAGAUGCGGGUAAGAAAGUGGUUCCAUGUCGGUUUGACUGGCACCAGACAGGGACGCAGGUCAUCAUCUCUAUCUACGCCAAGAACGCUGUCCCAGAGCUGAGCUAUGUGGAUGCUAACAGCACCACGCUUGACAUCCAUGUUAUAUUUGAGGGAGAGAAGGAAUUUGUGCAGAAAAUCAGCUUGUGGGGAGUGAUAGAUGUGAGUAAAAGCAUAGUGAACAUGAUGGCCGCCAAGAUCGAGGUCGCCACGAAGAAGUCCGAGCCCAUGACAUGGGCUCGUCUGGACCUUCCACCCCCGCCCCUGCCCAAGGAAGGGGAGAAGGAGACGGAGAAAGAGGAGACUGAUAGCGAGGAUGAAGAUGAAUGAUGAGGAAUUAAAAUACAAACGGUGUGUAUUUUUAGCUGAAUCCAAGGCCACGCAGUCCAUUCCUUACCUCUUUUUGUCUCUUUUGCUGCCAUGGAAGUUUGGCCUCUACUUUCAACAUUUCCAGUGUUUUCUUUUUCAUUCUUAGUUCUUAUACAUGCAAACAUACUUGCCUUUUUCCGGUUUUCUUGACUUUUGAUCCUUUUGUCGGUCAUUAUAUAUGCUGGAAUGCUACAGAAUCUUCAGGUAUUUCUUUUUUUUUUGUUCAAGUACUAAAUGAUAACGGGAACACUGACUUUUGGCGGAUUUUUAAUCUAAGUCAGACUAUGACACAGUUUUUAGUUGCACUGAAACCCCCUGGAAAAUAACACCACCCAAUGGGAUAGUCGUCAGGUGUGACCAUGAUUAAUCUCAGACCCAUAAAGCAUUUCAUGUGAACUGCUCAUAUCAAGUCGUCAUAAUGGACCACAUUUGUAACCAUCCUCUAUUGUAUCUCUAUGUAUGUGUGGCAAUGAAGCUGCUGUAUGUAGUUUGAGUAGGACAUUUGGAUCUCUAAUAGUCCACACUUGUUUAAUGGAGGUUAUUCUGAAUAAAUUGUGUUACAAGACACAACAGUUCCUUGGGACUCAUUAACUUAGAAAUUAAGAUGUUCUGACUACUCAGCCUUUUCCAGUUAAAAUAAUUGAUUUGCUCAAAGUUCUUUUUACAUGAUUAUUCCCUUCUGUCAAUUUUGUACAAGUUUUGCUUCUAAAUGAUCAACGCUGUAAUUGUCUCCUCAUUUCUUGUCAAAGCAACCUUAGUUUUAAUAUUGAGAAUGUACUGUAAUAUCAAAGAAUGCCGAUUGAAUACAAAGUAUGUUUCGGCAAAGUACUGUAUUGUAACAACGCUAUGCUUGACAGCAUGUCUCAAGUCUAGAGUAUAUGAAGUAUGUUUGGCCGAAUGACACCAUUACCUAAGGGUACAAAGAUUAGGUAACCAAUUCAUCAUACCAAAAAUAGACUUUUGUGUUGAGCUUUUAAA